AUGUCAAAUGUCAUUAAGAAAAGUUUCCUGUUCGACUUUUAAGUGGCCCAGGCUCAUUUUCAAUCCAGCUGAGCUACAAAGCAGAUCUAAAGGAAAAUUAUGGACCGCCAAGAGAACUACGAUUUCCCCGAUUCUUCUGGGGAUCAACCCAAUACUCCUUCCACUUCCCCUGCAGAAGCCAAGGAUUGGUGGAAUGAAGAUGAAGUGCCUGAUUCCACUACGCCUUGCGAGGGCCAGGGUUUUGAUUUGGAUGAGGAGCCUGAAAAGACUGCCACAUCCGAGGGUAACAGUUCCAGCUCCGAGUCACAGGAUAUGGGUAAUACAGAUGAGGAUGAGGAGAAUGACUUGGCCGCCACAUCCGGGAACGAAUAUUCGGGCUCCGAAAGUAAGAAAUGGGAUGCGGUUCCCAUCUCGCAGCAGUCGAAGGAUCUCAGGGAGUGGUCUGAAGAGGAGAAACAGGAUGCCUUCCGCCGCCUGAAGGCCGAGCGCAAUCGCAAGCUGAAGAAACACACUGAGCAUGCGUCGCCGGAGCCGAAAGCCCGUGCUCCCCGAAGGACCUGUGGCACCAUUAUUGUGCCAAGGGAAUUCAAGGACUAUGACUUUUAGUAAUACAGCAACCUGAUGACAAAUAAAAACCCAGGGCCAACUAGGAUAUUUCCUUAAUUAUUUGGUCUACUUCAA